UCAGAGAUACUCAUCUUGACAAUUCUGCCGCUAAUCACGGUGGAGGCCAAAACCAAGUUCCUAUCGCAAAGCCUGGACUCGGAGCCGUCGAUAUCCAUCCUAUACGCCAGAGACAAAAAGAGCGACAAGGUCACCAACGAAUGCUUGACCGAGAUGUACCCUCGGAACUUAUACCAGUACCCUCUCCACAUAGACAGGAAUGACAUCCCCUGCAUCAUCCACUGCGUCUUGAAAAAGUUCGGGAUCAUGUCCAACGACGGUCUGAUCAACAUCAAGAACUACUACAAAAGAGUCCAAGCCAUCCACCGAUAUGACCCAAGGAUCCUCAUCUCAGAUGUAGGGGAGACCUGUGCACAGAACAUCAAUGGGAUGAAUUUGGAUCACGAUGUUUGCAAGAAGGCCAAAGUCUUCAACGACUGCACUCAACUGUACGCGAUUUCUUUCAGAGACCCUGAAGAAUGGUAG